UCGGGGAACCCCGACGUGCAGCGGGAGGGCUCGGCAGCCCCGCCCUUGGCGCAGGGGGUGGCAGGGCAGGGCAGGGCAGGACGAACGCGUUGCCCGGGCGGAGGCGGCGGCGUGCGGGGCCUUGCGGGCAGCGCCCGCGGGAGAUGCGGCUGCGGCUCGGGCAGGUGCUGCCGGCGCUGUGCCUCGGCGCCGCCUUCCCCCUGCUGUGGUUCGCGGUGUGGCAGGGGAGCCGAGGAAAUGACUUAGAUAUGUACCAACACCACUUGCUGGAACUUCAGCAAAGACUGUUGUAUGCUGACAAGGAAAAUAAAAAAAGAUCACACGAACUGAGCAGUGCCCUAGAUGAAAUUAAACAUAUAAUUGCAAGAAGAAUGAACAUGACAAGAAACCACACAGGUGAUUUCAAGUGGAAAGAGUUAAACCUCCCCAGAAAACUCCCCAUGCAUCUUACAAAUAUCUACUACUAUCUCCCUCACCUUCGAAAAUAUGAAGAUGCAAUUUUCCCAAAUGUUAUUUUUGGGCAACAGAGAACUGGAGUCUCCUUGGUGAUGGGUAUUCCUACAGUGAAAAGGGAAAAACAAAAUUACCUGAUUGAUACAUUGCAUUCCCUACUGUACCAACUAUCUGAAGAGCAAAAGAAGGACUGCGUAAUAAUCAUCUUUAUAGCAGAGGUGGAUGCAGAGUAUGUUAAGAGUGUUGCAGAAAGCGUUAAAGCCAGCUUCCCCAGAGAAAUCCAGUCUGGAGUACUAGAGGUUAUUUCUCCUCCUGCUUCCUAUUACCCAGAUCUUUCCAACCUGAAGACAACACUUGGAGAUUCUGAGGACCGAAUAAGGUGGAGAACUAAACAGAAUUUGGAUUAUAGCUUUUUAAUGCUAUAUGCUCAACCUAAGGGGACAUUUUAUUUACAGCUGGAAGAUGAUAUUAUAGCCAAACCUGAUUUUAUUGAAAGUAUAAAAAGGUUUGCUGCUCAACAGUCCCAAGAUUGGAUGGUUCUCGAGUUCUCACAACUUGGAUUUAUUGGAAAAUUGUUUAAAUCAGAAGACUUACCACUCAUAGUGGAUUUUUUCCUCAUGUUCUAUAAGGAUAAGCCUAUAGACUGGCUUAUAGACCACCUGCUCUGGGUUAAAGUGUGCAAUCCAGAAAAGGAUGCAACACACUGUGAAAAGGAAAAGUCAAAGUUACGUAUCCGUGCUAAACCAUCUCUCUUUCAGCAUAUGGGAAUUUUUUCAUCAUUGGCUGGGAAGAUACAGAAUUUGAAAGAUAAAGAUUUUGGAAAAAAUCAGCUACAUAAAGCACAUAAUAAUCCACCUGCAGAAGUGGACACAAGCCUAAGAACAUACCAGCAAUAUACCUUGGAAAAAAUUUAUAAAGGACAAGACUGUUUUUGGGCUUUAGCUCCAGUGGCAGGCGACUACAUCAGGUUCACAUUUUUAAAUCCACUAGAAGUUGAAAAGUACUUGUUCAGAAGUGGAAACAUGGAGCACCCUGGUGAUAAACUGUUUAACACUACUGUGGAAGUGCUGCCUGCUAAUGAAAUGCUAAGAAAAGAAUUGGUUGAUAAUGGAAGUAAAUUUAACUACCCAGCAACCAAAGAUGGAUAUUUAAAAAUAGGGGCAUUUGAAAAUGGCACUGCAGAAGGCAGCAUCAAUCAGGCAAUAGGAAGAAUAAAGGCUAUUCGUUUGUCAGUCAGCUCUGAUUCUCCAGUCUGGGCAAUACUGAGUGAGGUACUUAUCAAGACAUCUGAAAACUGAAAAAUAUACCUUUUUGACGUGUCACUUGUUACAUAUUUCUUGAAAACAAGGCUGACUAAAACAAAGCAAAACAAACAAAACAAAACAAAAAUACUGGGUCAAAAGAUCAAUUUCAUACCCAUUUAGUUAUUAAUACUAUGUAUUAGGAAAGAGUUGAGAUAAAUCUUAUAUUUUUAUAUGACAAGGUAUAUGAAAAGAAUGUUAGUAAUUUCUAGAAAAUGUUCUUGUCUAACAUGUCAUAUAUAAAAAUCUCACCUUAGUUUGGCAACAUUAAAUAGAUAUUAUUGAAAACAAUUGAUAAGGCAUUACAGCCUGCCUCAGGGACUAAAACAUAAAGAAGAAGUUUCACCAGAAUUAAAAAUAACAGACAUUUUUGAAAAAUAUUAAGGACACAGUGUUCAACUCCAUUAAAAACACUGGUCAAUUUUGCAGGGAAAUCAGAACUGAAGGAAAAGUUGUCAAUAUUCAUUGCAAGUAUUUAAAGCAGUUCAAAGGAACAACUUAAUGUUAUGAAAAUUGAUCUCAAUAUAAAUGUGUUUCAGCCUUAAUGUAGCAUAAGUUAUGUUAAAUAUUUUUUAAAAUGAAAAUUGCCUACAAAUUAUCAUUUGAAUAACUUGAAACUUAAAUAGGUUUUUUUUUUUGGAAGAUUGUAAAACUUCUCAGUGAAUUGUGCAUUGAAUUAAUUGUAGGAAAGAAGAGUAUUAUGUGUAACUAUAUUUUUGUAAAAAGAAAAUCUAUUUAAAUAAA